UCGAGCGAGUGACAUCGGUGCGUUCGCAUCGUUUGAUCCUGUCAUUUUGCACACACACACACACACACACAUAUAUAGCUGAAAGGUGAAAGUCUCACUCGAACGGUCUCGCAAUCGUCGAUUAGUCGUACCUUUGUCGCACUGCAUCUCAUAUCAUUCACCCGGAGGAUCGUUGUCGACGCUGCCGCGAGCUCUGUCUCUCGUAUAACUCGUUUCCUCUACGUCCGCUGCUUUCGUCAUCUUUCUCGAGAUCUCUCGCGCUGUCGUCCCGUGGAGCAAGAGUAGCAGCAAUCGAGAACGACAACGAGCAGGACCGUGCCAGUGUGCGUCCAUCGCCGGGCGUUCUCGCGAAAUCAUGGAGGUCUUGCCGUGUCCCGUCAAUGUGGACUUCAGCAACACCAGAGCUGAAAGCGCGACGGACGAGUUGGACGGUGCUUGUCAGGCGCUGGCCAAGAGGCUGGAAGUCGAGCUUAGGAGGGCUAAGCACGCUCAGCUGGCUUGCGGCGAGGUCCUGCUGCCGGCUGACUUGCUGCCCAAGAUAGCCAAAGACGUACUUAACAUGGCAGAGAACGAGCCUUGCGGCCUCCGGGGCUGCACACUGUUCAUCAGUUUCGAGACGGACAGCGUGUGUCGCAAACUGUCGAAAAUACAAUGCGACCCCAGCGCUGUGUCAACGUUCGAGCUUUAUCUCACGCUGAAACAGGACCACACGUCCUGGCAUAUCUUGCUACCUCAGUUCUUAAAAAAUCUCACGCGCGGUGGCACCAUUAUGAUCAGCAGGGACUUCACCCUGCAGAAGAAGAAGCUCUACAGGUCCUACCAGCAGUCUCAUUGAGGGGUCUCCCUGUCGCCGGAUGCAAACCCGGAUGAUUUUGUAAGUUCGUGAACUCCCCGUUUCGCCGAACGAGCGCGAACGGCGGUGCACAGCCAUUUUUUUGUCAGUCUGUCGCCCCCUCCUUCGGGCGUGUCAGCCGAAUUUGUACAAUAUCGCAAGACUAGAGAGAAAAGGAGGAGGAAAAAAGAAGAAUCGGGACAACGGAAGCGAGAUAUCCCGAAGAUUUUGGACAUCGUCGCUGUGUAUUGAUGCGGUAUGUGUUGCGUUUAACCCUUUAAUCGCGCAAACUUCACGUACGCGAGCAGAAUGCGCGCCGAGGAAAUGAUGGAUUACGUGUUUAGUAAAGAAAGUCUACUUGACGGAAAUAAGAGGCAAGUAGGUGCGUAAAAUUACGGUAGCAAGUGGUUGCAGCUUGGACGCAACUCUGUUGUCUUUCUUGGGAGGGAUGGGAGAAAUUUAGAUUCUACGUCGGCGAUCGCAAGAUCCAGUAACAAUAAUGUGCAGACUUGGCGAUUUGAGCAUUAUAGUGGAGGAUCCGCGAAUCUAGUUGUUUUUAAAGAAAUCGAGGAAAUACGAGGAAAUUGUGAAUAAGAAUCCCUAAGUUGGAGAACUUGAGGGAUCUUCGACAUUUUAGAGAGUUCGAGUUUUUGUUUGGGAACGUAGCGGGGAGUAGGAUUUUUGAGACGUUCCAAAUUUCGAAGUUCGAAUUUCUACAAUUCGUGCGAUUUUUCUUUUUUUACGUUUGCUUACGAGUCAAACAAUUAGAUUCGUGGGAUAUUGGGAAGAUCCGGGAUGUUGGUUUCUGCGAAAGUGAGAAUUCACGAAUGGGGUAGGGAGAACCCGUAGAAUUUAAGGUAACUAACAAUUUCGAGACGUGAGGCUUAAAAUUGCGAAGACGACGAGGUAAGUCCGGCCCGUUCUCGCUGCUGCAAUGCGGCGAAUCGAUUGAAGGGUUAACGACAACACGACCGUGGAUCGGUCGGCUCUUUGGUUUUUGUGUCCUGCUGUCACUUUUGCAAUAUAAUAUUAUAUUCGGGGAGAGGCCUAUGCGUUCGAUAAUUGUGAUAGCGCGAGACAAGUUCUGGCAGUAGCAGAUCUAUCGCGAGGAGAGGCUCGCGCCUUCGUUUUUUCGAAGAUGAAAUGUGAUUAUAAGACUUUUAACAAAUUUCACGUGAUACGUAGCGUAUAUGAUUAGUUUUAGAGUGCGCGUUUUAACUGAUUAAUCGUAGUCAGGUAGCUAUAGUCGCGUCGGAUGUUUAGUGACGAUCUUUCAGGAGCGCGUCGCUUUUGGCACGAGAGCGCACGCGUUCUCCACUCUUUCGUUGAAUACGGAUGAUGAUCAUAUUAGAACAAUGUGGCAGUAUACCUUCCACUAAUGACCCUUUAUGGAAAUCCCGCAGGACAACCCGGAAGAAUGGACGUCGGUGAGACCGUUGUUUUGAUGAUCGUAAUCACUUUUGAAAAUCGAACAUUACAUAUUCAGAGAUUAAGAACGAUAAUUUACACCUUCAAAUUUUAGUUUUUUCCUCUUUCAAUUUCACGCAGGGAAUCGGACGAGAUAUCUUCCCCAAGAAGGUAGCUCCUUAAAGUUUUCGACUCCCAGCGGAGGAAUCCACUUUUUGAAAUGGUAAAAAUAAAGAAGGUGAAAAAUUUUGUUUGCUCGCGCGAUGCACAUUAUUUCUGGGAUGUCCUGUAUGGUUGGUUCGGUAGACGAUACAAAAGUUUUCAGCCCCAUCCCGUCAUUCCAUCUUACGAUCUUCCCCCUCGUUAUUUUCUCCCUUCAUAAUAGUCACACUAUGGAGAAAUCUCAUUAAAUUAAUAAUAAUAGCUGUUCUCUCGCGGUGUCGCGAUAUCGAAUACACGAGUGUAUUAACCGACAACUGUCUCGGUCUGUCGCUGUUUGUUUAACUCUCGUCAGAACGUCGCGACGGAGGCAACGCCUCCGUUUCGCCUUCCAGUUCUGCAGUGUCGGUUCACAAUUUUUUUUUUUCAAUUUCUUCGACGAAAUUUCGAUUCUCGGAACCUCCGUCGCUUCGGCAUCUGGUGUCCGUCGUGCUUUGAAAAAUUGAAAAUUCGAAUUUUGUUCGUAAUAUCAUCAACGCAGAAAUUUAAGACCUCCGGAACGGAAUCACGACGGAAAACGAAUUUCAGCGGAGAGCAAAGCGGUACAACUUCGAUUGCUUCGGGGUCGCGUCUCAACUCGUGAGUGAGCGGACAAAAAAUAAAUCAACGUUUUCUUGUUACGAUACGUUAUCGCGUAACAAAUAUAUAUAUAUAUAUCUAUAAAGAAGAUAAUCAUAUGAAGUCGUAUGCAAAAUAAUGACGUACGUAUUAUAUAUAUGUAUGUAUGUGUGUAUAUAUAUAUAUAUAUAUAUAUAAUACGCUAGGCAAGAUAAGUAAAUUGUAAACUCUCUUAGCGCGUAAUCGGAAUCGGUCCAUCUCGAAACUUAUACCGCUUUUAACUCCGCUUCGUAGUAUUUCGAGCAAAUCAACGCCGACGAGUCCGGCUCAAGCCGGUCACAUUCGUAGAGCGCUGAACGGGACAAAGUAGAUCCAAGUUAUAAACAAGGGUGAAUGUUUCACCGUUGCAUUAUUAUCGUCUUCGAUGCAGUCUAUAUUGUUUACGAUUAUUAUUAAUAUUACUAUCUCAUUAUUAUUAUUAUAUACGUUUGACUAUCGUACGUAUUACUGCUUUUCCAUGCAUUGCGGUUAAUAUCCGUUCGCGUCCCCCUUUCAUCUACGUUUCUUAGUUAUUUGUCUGUCGCUGAUCUUUCCUUUCGCUUUUGGUCUUUUCUCUUUUCCUUUUUAAUUAGUCCGGGCUUCUGUCGUCGGUCGCUUUUUCGCCGUAUCGCGAUUAGAGACCCAUCGGCAGUAUUGUGAUAUUAAGAAUUACGAAAUGAUUAUGAGAAAGAGGCAUGUGUGUAAGAUUGUCGUUAGAACUUAGGUUAAAGACACUCGCGUGUGAGGCUUUUUUUCUUGAGUGGAUCGGCAGUGAGGGAAAAAAAUGUUGCACGGGAACACGAGAAUACGCCUGUUUUACCUUCGCGCGAACCGGAGUCGAAAAUCUCUCGCGAUUUUGCCUACGAGAAAGGUGGUAAUUUUUAAAUCAGUUGGAUGGAAACGCUCCGUUGAAAAGUGAGAUUAUCGUUUACCCGAAUCGAAUUAAACUCAAUUGAAUUGCAGAUUGAUUUCGCGUUUUUUUAGUCAAGUUCGAUAAAGUAGAAUCGUUUCUUUCUCGAUAGGAGCCGGUCAGGCGAAUAACCGAUAUUUUUUUUUAGAAUGAAAUUGGUUGUUCGAUAGAAGAAAAUUAAUUGAAAUUUUAUACACUUGUAUACGUUUAUAUACGCGUAUGCCCGCGGUAUUGUGUGAUACGCAUUGUAUGUAUUAUAAAUUAUAAUGUAUUGUCUAAUACGAGACAAAAUUUAAUUUUGUGUAUAUACACGAAAAUAUAUAAUUUCACACGAAGGAACACAGGAAAACUUGUUUUUACCGAAUUUUGCUGGCUCAAUGCAUAUUUGAUUAAUUCUCUUCUUGAGGCAAAUGAUCUGAAUCAAAAAUAGCGUUUACGGUAUAGGAGCUCUACUAUUUUGCGUAAUUUCGUAACGUCAACAUCUGUUAAACAAGGGAUCUUUAGGUACUCGGGAGGUAAUCUAAGAAUAGAAUUGCGCGAGACCACUUGGUAAAAAUUCGAAAGCUACUAAAAGGAUCACGUUAAAUAAAAUAUAAUUUCGUCUCGUUCUUAAGAAAUUUAAUUUGAAGAAAAAAAAAAGAAAUCCGAACAUCACACAGCAAAGGAGGAAGAAUCGAUCCUACUUCGGUGAUAUCUCGUGACGAAAGAAAAAUUCAAAGGGAGCAUCGUUUCAUUUUUCUUUUCCUUUUGAAAUAAGGAGGCGAGAUGGAACUACGAGGACGAGUUCAACUCGUCCUUACCGCUUAACAACCUAAAUGAUGGUAUCGAACCGGUUAAAGGUUUAAGGGGGAAGAGACAGAAUCCCGUCCAGAAAACUUUCCCACCAUCCUCCUCCGAGUCGUACAUCCACCAUGCAUCCUUCUGCUCCGAUGACAAAAAAGGGGAAAAAAAGAAGGAGAAGGAGAAAAGAGAAGUAAGUGAAGGGUCACGUGAGAAUGAGAGAGGAGACAGUCGUCACGUGUGUAGAGUUAAACGCGCGGUGUAAAUUGUGGGCUAUCGCAUUUUGCACGAAGGUGUAAGACUGAUUUGCUGAUGUAACGAACGAAAUGAACGAACGAAACGAACGGUGUAAAAGUGUUGCCCGUUUCAAGCUAGCCGGCACUUCGCGAUACCGGGUGACAAAGAGUCAUUGCCCCGAAAGACACUUUACUUGUAUCACGGGAGUGAUCGCGAAUAGUAUCUCGUGAUAUGUGUCUGUCUGUGUGUGUAUAUACACAUACAUGUAAUCGUAGUGAAAGAAAACGAGGGGGUGAGAUUACUCUCGGCCUUCGAAGCGUCGGUAGUCAUCAUUGUUGUCAUCGACGUCGGUUUUAAUGAAUGUCCGGAAAAUCCGAGAAGAUCGCGGGUUUCUCUUCGGGGAAUGAUGACUUGGUCCAUCCUGUAUAUUAACGGUGUGAUCAGCAAUUAUUUGUUAAUAACAAACGCUACAAACGACGUCGCAAGUCGGAAUUAUUGUCGCAAUUGCUGAGCGACGAGAAGCAAUACUCGCGGCCUCGUUUAAAUUGUUAUAUUAGUUAAUUGCGAGAGAGAGAGAGAGAGAGAGUGUGCGUGUGGGUGAGUUGUGAGUGCGCAUAUUAUACGUUUUACACGGAGGAUUAAUCCUGAACAGUAUAAGACAUCCUUUCUUUUUUUUUUUACGUGGAGAAUACGAAUCGAUGUGAAUGAUGCUCGCGUAUACAUGUAUGUGUUACAUUAUCUAAAAAAAAAAAUUAAAAAAAAAUAAAAAAUAUAACAUAAUUUAUAUAUUACAUCGCAAAUAUCUAUAUACAUAUAUAAUGAUACAUUUUAUAUGAUAAAUUCAAAGUUAUCACGCGCGAAACAGCUCGCAUAUUUCCGAUGCGAGGACGAAAGAAUCGAGUCGAGUCUCGAGGGAACCGCUUAGAACCGCUGAAGCGGAUGGAAAAAAGAAAUUUUCGCAAGGGGAGUGUUGCGGGGGUUAUUUUAUUUAUAUUUAAUUUUAUAAUCGUAUAGAGUAUAAUGUAUGUGUGAGAGAAAAAUGGUCUCGUGCGAAGUUUCGAAAACUUAUUAGAAAGCCCGUUCAGACGUUGUUUAUAUUGUCGAGGGUUAAAAAGAGAUGUACGGAACAAUGUAUGUGUUUUCUAAAAUAAUAUAUCGUGAUAAAACAAUAAUUUCGUGUGUGGUAAACGGCGAUGAUUAUCCUUAUUAAUCACGUUUUUACAGUGCGUGAGUGUGUUUUAUCGGAGGUGUUGCAAGAAUUUAUCUCGUUUUUUCUAUAGAGAGCUACGAUCUUAUUGUGUAAAGUCCGCUUUAGGCGAUUUGCGAGUCAUGAUGCGGAGAUUUCGGGGUAGAAUGCUCUGUCUGUGAGGAAGAAAGAGAAAAGAAACAUUCGAAAAUACGAAGCUACGUUUAUCGAUGUCUGCAUAUACGUCGAUGAAUUCUCAAAUAUUACACAGCGCAUAAUGAAAUAUUGCGGAAAUAUUGCGGUUGGAACCCCAUCGUGAAUUGCAGACCCGUCCGAAGCGGAUUCUCAAGAAAAAGAGUACAAGUUUUUCCCUAAAGCGAGGAAUAUAAGGACAUUACGAAGCAAAUAUACACAUCGUAUGUAAAAUAGAAUAAAACAUCCCCUGACGACGUU